AUGGCUAGUCCACAUACUGGAUCGGUUCUUAAAGAUCUUAAAUUAAAAAAUGAUAAUAAUGUAUGUUUCGAAUGUGGAGCAUUAAAUCCACAAUGGGUAUCUGUUACAUAUGGUAUUUUUAUUUGUCUUGAAUGUUCUGGUAAACAUCGUGGAUUAGGUGUUCAUUUAUCAUUUGUUCGUUCAAUAACAAUGGAUAAAUGGAAAGAUAUUGAAUUAGAAAAAAUGAAAGUAGGUGGUAAUCGUCAAGCAAAAGAAUUUUUUUCCAAUCAAUCAGAUUAUAAUUCAAAUACAAUGAAUUUACAACAACGUUAUAAUUCACGUGCAGCUGCACUUUAUCGAGAUAAAAUAAAGACAGAAGCACAAGGUACAACAUGGUCAAUGAAUUCUUCACCAGCAUUAAAUUAUACAUCUACACCUUCAAAAAAUUAUACUGAUAAAUCAUUAUCUGAAGUAAAGAAUUCUUCAUCUGAUUGGACAGAAUUUAAAUCAUCAGAACAACAAAAUGAAAAUUAUGGUAAUAGUUAUCAAAAUAGUAAUUCGAAUGAACAAGAAUAUCCUUCUGGUCUUGGUAGUGGUAAUCCAAAAUAUUGGGGUUUUGGAAAUACAAAUUAUACAGCAUCAUCUCAAUGUCAAUCAUCAAAUCCUGAAUUAUUAGCAUCAUCAAUAUCAAAUAUGAGUGUUAAUGCUGCUAAAUGGGCAGGUGUUGCUAAAGAUUCUCUUUUUAAAUUUUCUAAAACAGCUGCUGAAAAAGCAACUGAAUUAACAUCAAAAGUAAGCGAACAAGCUAAAGAUCGAACAUUACUCACUAAUGUUCAAUCAGGUGUAACGAAUAUAGCAUCAACAAUGGGUAAAUUAGGUACAAAAACAUGGUCGGAUAUGCAAUCAUUAUGGUCAGGAAAAGAUUAUCAUUCAACAAAUCGAGAUGAUCAACGUUUACAUCAUAAUCAAAAUGAUUUGGAUAAUAAUGAUUGGUCUUCUACUGAUAAACAGUCAUCAACAGUAACAUUUGAUAAUAAUUAUAGUUAUCAAAAUACUUCUAGUAGUUUAUCAAGUCAUUCGCAUGAACAUUCUAAAUCAAAUAGUAGUCUUCCAACAUAUGAUCAUGAUCAAAACCUUGAAGCAUGGCUUAAUGAUGAGGCAAAAAUGGCAUCGACUAAUACCAAUAUUCCAAUUUCUUCUUCGAAAAACAAUGACCAUACAAAUACAUCAUCAAUUCCAGUAAAAUCUAAUGAAACACCAACAUCAAAUCUUAUUGCUUUUGAUGAUGAAAAAUGGGCUGAUGAUGAUGGAUGGGAAUCAAUCGAUACAAAAUAG